GGCUUUACUGUUCUUAUGAAACGAAAGCCAAGGAAACAGCGCCAUCUUCUGCAAAUACGUGAGAAGCAAAAGAAACACGACGAAUUGAAAGUUUGACCUGACAUUUAAUUGAGUGACUCCAACAUUUAAAAGAUUAAGCGCCCGACAAAAGACAAGUAGGUUCGUUAAAGUCUGCGUCACAAAUGGCAAUGGCGAGGGAAAAUCAGGCGAAUCCUCAAAGUUUAAAGUUUCGACAAGCCUCCGUCGAGAUGCUGACGGACUUUCUCACGAAUCUCAACGAGAAAAACAAAGAUAACCUCCGUAGUUUGUCCACCUGCAGCGGAGUCUUCAAGGAGAAAAUAAUAUUUGAAUACACUCUGCUGAUGUGUCAAGAGCUCAGAUUGGACCCGCCCACCGCGUACCACGCUGUCGAAUUACUUCAGAGGUUCAUGGUUAUGCACAUUACGAACUUGCUGACGCCUGGAGGCGCGAGCCCGCUCGAGACGAGGGCCCGCGAGGACGCCGCGUUCCAGCAGCUGCAAGGGAAGUUCGCCUUGAUCGUAUUUUCCUGCGUGCAGCUGGCCAGCAAGUUGUCACUGCACAGCCAAAUCGUCGACAUCAACAUGGGCGUGCGCUUUCUGCGCUCGGUCGGCCUCGACUUCUCCAAGGAGGCCGUCCUGGAAUCGGAACUGACGGUCCUAAAGGGCCUCGAAUUCCAACUGGACUAUCCCAACCCUCUCACCUAUGUGGAAAUCCUUCUGGAGGUGCUUGGCCACAACGAGCCGAGCGCCCCCGUGGAGCGCCUGCACCACCUGUGCCGCCACGUGCUCCAGUUUGUCAGCCUGCAGCGCAACACUCUCUACAACGCCUUGCUGGCCAUCACCACGCAGACCCGCAAUCCCACCGCAGAGCAGAGAGAGAAGUUUGUGGCGGUAACAGAAGACUGCAUGCUCCUGGGCGUGGGCGUCAUCGCCGCUGCCGCCUUCAUCCUCCACGUCAAAGACUGGGAGCAGGUGGUGAAAGAACUGAGCCACAUCACGGGAAUCUCCACCGCCAGCAUCGGCGACUUCACCCGCGUCACGCUCAUGCUCAUCGUUGGAACCCCCGCAGAUGGCCAGUGAUGUUUAAUGGUCUCUUCUGCUCACUUCAGUCACGAAAAUAAAUUUCUCCUCAUGUACAUGUUCA